AUGCCACCCGUCACACAUACAGAGCGCGAAGAAGCCGAUUUCCUGAACGAUCUACUAUCUGGCCUCGACAGUUCCUUUUUCAACGCCGCAUCAUCCUCCGAUCCACCUGAGAUACCUUCUCCUCACAAAAAGUGUCCCAAUGUGAUACCCAAAACCCCAACUAAAGUGCUGACACCUCGAAAUGUUGACUUGGACGAACUUGUCGCGGGUGCCGAAGAUUGGGACUGGGACGACAUGAACUCCGACUUUAUGAGUCCGAAGAAGCCCAAGUCGCCAAAGAAAACAUUGAAAAUAGCAUCAACAUCUAAGUACACUCCACAAACCUGUACCCGCUGCAACGUGAUAAGAGUCGACGAAGUACUCACGACACACCCUUAUCAGAAGACACUCGCUGUUGAAGUAGUUCCUGGCCGAGAGCGGAGGUGCGUCAUCCUCAGAGAUGACUGGGCAGACGCAGACGUCCGUGUCGGCGACAUUGUCAAUGUCAUCGGCGCCUUCGAGCCAUCUCCGUUAUCGUCGUCAAGCGGAUCCAUGCUUUCAAUCACUGUCUCUGCGAAAGUCAACCUAUUCAUCCUACACCCAGAUUUGCUCAUCACUGCGACAUCACUAUCGGGCGCGCCCCAGUGCCGGCGGAAGGCGCUCGUGUCGAACCUGACGCGGCGCUCGCUGGAUGUGACGCCCGCGCUCGUGUGGGGCAAUAUGCUGCACGAGGUGAUGCAGACGUGUCUUGCAGAGGGGCGCUGGGAUGAGCGGUGGGUGGACGCUCAGAUCACGGAUGUGGUAGGGCGGGGACUCGGUGAGCUCAUCAGGAUCGACAUGGGCGUCGAUCAAGCGAAGGCCGAGAUGAAGGCCCGGGCGAAGGGGCUGAAAGCGUUUGCUGAGAAAUACAUUAGCCAGGAGCCGAAGCCUAGUGCCGUCUUGACGAAUACGCGAUCAUCACAAUCGCAUACGUCCCUGCUUGCCAUUUCUCAGCUGCAUGACGUCGAAGAAGAUAUCUGGUCACCCACGUACGGCCUGAAAGGCAAGGUCGACGCGUCGGUGCAAGCUGUCAUCUCCGAGAUCGAUGGGGAUUCAAGUCCGUUCACGAGAGCCGCACCAAUGUGCACUACGCAGAACUGGACGAUGCCGCUGGAGAUUAAGACAGGCCGUGCCGUGGCCGGGAUGGAGCACCGCGCGCAGACGAUGCUCUACACUCUCUUGAUGGCGGAGCGCUACGGGACCGAGGUGCCGAGUGGCCUGCUGUACUACACACAGAGCGAGGAGGUCGUACGUGUACCCGCCGCACGGAAUGAGGUGCGGGCGUUGCUCGUAGCUCGGAACGACAUGGCUGGUUACAUGAUGCGGCGAAUUCGGGGCUCCAGCUCACGACGAAACUCGGCAGACAAGAAACAAGGCAGCACCGUUGAGGACCUUGAAGAAUUACCUCAGUCAGAGUCGUUCUUGCCUCCUACUAUCGACGACGUGUGGCAAUGCGGCAAGUGCUACGCCCUCGACACGUGCAUGCUGUAUCGCAAAGCCGUCGAGAACGUUGUCGACGAGACAUCGCCCAUCGCUGAUAUCUACGCACUGAAGACGUCACACUUGACACCGACUCAGGCGGCGUUUUUUAAAAAAUGGGAGGCGCUUAUCUCUCUGGAGGAACAGGAUAUCGUGCGGCUGAAGAAAGAGCUGUGGACCAUGGGUGCGGAAGAGCGCGAGGGCCACGGCAGGUGCUUCAGCAACAUGGUCCUGGACACCGCUUCCCGCGUGCGCUUCAGUAAGCAACAGGCAGCCUCUGAGAAAGAUAUGAAAAUCCAUCGGUUCACGUACAAGUUCAGGAAACGCUCCGCCAGCCACACAUCGUUACUCAACGGUCACAUGAGCGUUGGAGACGCCAUCACUGUCUCUGUCGUCCCGGAUUUGUUGGCAUUGGCCAAGGGCUUCAUCGUCGACCUCACCCCAGGUGAAGUCGUAGUGGGAGUGGACCAUGAGCUGAGCAUCGAGACGAUCGCUACAAGCGUGAGGGGUAGAACCAACGCACCGGUUUUGGAGAUCAACUUCCGUAUUGACAAGGACGAGCUCUUCGGUGGCAUGGGACGCGUCCGUGAUAACCUUGCGCAAAUGUUCUACGCAGACGGAGAUGCGAGGCGCCUCCAGCUUGUCGUGGACUUGAAGCGUCCUCGUUUCAUAGACGAUACCGAAAUCGCUGAUUUGGCUUCGCAAGAGAUUCUGCAGCUAAACGAAAACCAGAGGGCUGCAAUGAAGAAAGUGCUGAGUGCACAAGACUAUGCACUGAUCCUCGGCAUGCCCGGAACGGGGAAGACGACUGUCAUCUCGGCUCUAAUCAGAGAACUGGUACGCAGGGGCAAGACUGUACUUCUCGCGUCGUAUACCCACUCCGCUGUGGACACGAUACUGCUGAAACUGAAGGACCGCGUGGACUUCGGAAUCCUCAGGUUGGGAAAUACUGACAAGGUUCAUCCCGAUAUACAGCAAUUUACGCUCGCCGGUUGUCGACAGCCAACUACGCUGGAACAAUUGGAGCACCAGCUGAUGGCGCCUCCCGUUGUCGCUACGACGUGUCUCUCCAUCGACCAUCCAGUCUUCUCGAGACGGAUGUUCGAUUAUUGCAUCGUGGACGAGGCCUCUCAGAUUACUUUGCCGACAUGUCUCGGUCCUCUGCGAUUUGCAGACAAGUUUGUCCUAGUCGGUGAUCAUUUCCAGCUGCCACCACUGGUCCGCAAUCGCGAUGCGCGCAAAGGAGGGCUGGAUGUAUCUCUCUUCCGUCAGCUCUCGGAUGCCCAUCACCAUGCCGUGGUGGACUUGACUGAACAAUACAGGAUGAACGCAGAUAUCAUGCUGCUAUCUAAUAAGCUCAUCUAUCACGACCGCCUCCGUUGUGGCUCGGAAGCGGUGGCCAAACGCAGUCUGCUUCUUCCUGACAAGACAUUCCUCAACAGUUUGCACAGUGGUUCCAAAUCCGCUUGUCGAGAUGAUCGGUGUUGGCUGAAUCACCUGCUCGAUGAGAGAUGCAAUGCGGUUUUCGUCGACACCGAUGCUGUCCCUGCGAGAGAUUCUCCGGUGGGUGAUCUGGUCGAGAACCAGGUGGAAGCUCGGUUGGUCUACCAAGUGACCGAGAGUCUUCUGCGGAGCGGAAUCCGACAGGAUCAAAUUGGCGUGCUCUCGCUAUAUCGCCAACAGAUCAAGCUCCUCUCGUACCUGCUUCAAGACCGGAAAGAGAUUGAGAUUCUGACAGCGGACCGGAGUCAGGGCCGCGACAAGGACUGCAUCAUCAUCUCCAUGGUGCGCUCUAACGACCACGGGCAGAUUGGUAACCUUUUGAAGGACUGGCGGAGGAUGAACGUCACCUUCACCCGCGCUCGCUCCAAACUGAUCAUCUUCGGCUCGCGGAAGACCCUCCAGGACGCCCCUCUCCUCGCCGAGUUCUUCCAGCUGAUGGACAGCCAAGGCUGGAUCCUGCGCCUUCCUGAGAACGCACAAGAGCUGCAUGCGAUACCUUGCCGGUCCCUCUCCAAGAAGCGUUCGGCGGACGACAUGGACGCUUCUGCAGACCUCUUCUCGCCGGAGCUGAAGGAAAAUGCGGUAAGACCGAUGAAGAAGGGAAGGAAGUCGUGGGAAGAGGGCAUGCUGAAAGGUCGGCCGAUCCUGAGAGAUCUCAUCAAUGAAAGCAAGUAG